CAUAAGAGGUGUUGGUGGCCUGGGGUCAAGGAGUACUCAAUUUGGUCGCUACUUUCGGGGCCCCAUGUCAGCAAGCCAAGGCAUGGCUGGAGGGACACCAGAUGCUCUGAGCUGGUAUCAGACCCCUGGUUACUGCUGGGCAAAGGCAGACAAGAAGAAAAUGCUUAGGGUGGCAGCUGAAUUUAGGAUGUGGGAAGGAGGAGGGGGCUGCCCAUGGAGUUGAAUUGUGCCCAGGCCUGGGGUGGAGACUGCUGAGAACACAGAGAGCAGAGGGCUAACUGGGGAGAGGGAAGACAUAAAUAUUUAUCUAUUCUCUAAGUCUGAGCCAGUUUUACUGAAGGGAAAGGGACUAGACUCUCCAUCCCAGUCUCCUACUGGUUUGAACGCACCUGCACUUAACUGCCCGGGAACCUUGCCUGUGGGAGUGUAGGGUGGGUUGGAUCCCCUCCUUACUACUGAAUAGAAAACCUGAGACCUGAGCCUUCUCUCCCACCCCACCCCAGCAGAGCCCUCUUGCCCCCAUCCCUCCAGAAAAUGUAAAUACUGUGGUUCAUCACUGUGUUCAGGGCCUAGAACAGUGCCUGGCUAGCAUGAAGAGGUCCUCAGUAAAUAUUUGUAGAAAGGAUGAUUGAAAGAAGCCCUUUGCUUCCAUAUGGAGGUGUGUGGUUCUGCUCCUCCCUUUCCUGCCCCACCCAGGUGUGGGUUGGGGGGCUGAGGAAGACCUUUGGAGAGUGGAGUUUACCUAGGGCAGAUUGAGGGGUGGAAAAGCCCAUUGAGGAUCUCAAGGUGCCCAGCUUUGUCUGUCUCCGGAGCAUGGGCUGUACCUGUGAGACAGAUGCAGUGCCUCAGCUCCCCUGCUGAGACUCCUUGCUGUCUUAUCUCCCGAGCUACAGGGGUGGAUUUUUAUCUCCUAGUGGUUGUGAAGCUUCUCAGAAUGGGGCUCUAUGAGGCCUGAUAUGCCAUGUGCCACCAUUUCCAUUCUGGACUCUCACCCAGGAGCCUGUGGACAAGGCCUCCCAGACCCUGAGCUAGGGCCAGCCACCUCAUAGGGACUGUCCAGGCCCCCUCUGCUCCGACCCUUCUGCUGGCCAGUCUGGGCAUCUGUCUAAGGACGCCUGUGGGGAACCAGGGCCUCAUACUGCCUCUGCCCCCAGCAAGCGCCAGAGGGAGGGAGCUAUCAACCAGACAAAACCAAGAACACCGUCACCAUGACAACCAGUCACCAGCCUCAGGACAGAUACAAAGCUGUCUGGCUUAUCUUCUUCAUGCUGGGUCUGGGUACGCUGCUCCCCUGGAAUUUUUUCAUGACAGCCACUCAGUAUUUCACAAACCGCCUGGACAUGUCCCAGAAUAUGUCCUUGGUCACUGCUGAAGUGAGUAAGGACAUCCAGGCCUCAGCUGCCCCCACAGUCCCCUUGCGAAAGUGGAAUUCUCUCAGUGCCAUCUUCAACAAUGUCAUGACCUUAUGUGCCAUGCUGCCCCUGCUGUUCUUCACCUGCCUCAACUCCUUCCUGCAUCAGAGGAUCCCCCAGUCUGUACGGAUCCUGGGCAGCCUCGUGGCCAUCCUGCUGGUAUUCCUGACGACUGCCAUCUUAGUGAAGGUGCAGCUGGAUGCUCUGCCCUUCUUCAUCAUCACCAUGCUCAAGAUCACGCUCAUUAAUUCAUUCGGUGCCAUCCUGCAGGGCAGCCUGUUCGGUCUGGCUGGCCUCCUGCCCGCCAGCUACACAGCCCCCAUCAUGAGUGGCCAGGGCCUGGCAGGCUUCUUCGCCUCGAUGGCCAUGAUCUGCGCCAUUGCCAGUGGCUCGGGGCUGUCAGAAAGUGCCUUUGGCUACUUCAUCACAGCCUGCGCUGUUAUCAUUUUGACCAUCAUCUGUUACUUGGGCCUGCCUCGGCUGGAAUUCUACCGCUACUACCAGCAGCUCAAGCUCGAAGGGCCUGGGGAGCAGGAGACCAAGUUGGACCUCAUCAGUAAAGAUCCUUCUACAACCUCUCGCUCCCCAGAAGAGCAUCCAAGAGCAGGCAAUGAGGAGUCCAGAGUUUCAGCCCCCAACUCUCAGCCCACCAACAAAAGCCACUCCAUCAAAACCAUCCUCAAAAAUAUCUCAGUCCUGGCUUUGUCUGUCUGCUUCAUCUUCACGAUCACCAUUGGGCUAUUUCCUGCUGUGACCGUUGAAGUCAAGUCGAGCAUUGCGGGCAAUAGCACCUGGGAACGCUACUUCAUUCCUGUGUCCUGUUUCUUGAAUUUCAAUGUCUUUGACUUGCUAGGCCGGAUCCUCACAGCUGUGUUCAUGUGGCCUGGGAAGGACAGUCGCUGGCUGCCGGGCCUUGUGCUGGCCCGCCUGGUGUUUCUGCCCCUGCUGCUGCUGUGCAACGUCCAGCCCCGCCAGUACCUGCCUGUGGUUUUUAAGCACGAUGCCUGGUUCAUUGUCUUCGUGGCUGCCUUCGCCUUCUCCAACGGCUAUCUCGCCAGCCUCUGCAUGUGCUUCGGGCCCAAGAAAGUAAAGCCAGUCGAGGCGGAGACAGCGGGAGCCAUCAUGGCCUUCUUUCUGUGUCUGGGCCUAGCACUAGGGGCUGUCUUCUCCUUCCUGUUCCGGGCAAUUGUGUGACCAUGGAUGGACAGAAGGACUGCACUUUUGCCCACUUGCUUCCUGCCCCUUCCUUCUCUUACCAGGGAUGGGCAGGGUUGGUCUGGAGGUGUUCUCUUCCAACCGACUUCUGCUUUCUCACAGCCUGUGCUGGGCCCGGAUGUCCAGGCCCUGGGGAGGGAGCCUCUGUGGAUGGGCAGUGGGGACAUUGUGGGCUUGAAGGUCAGGGUUGAGGGAAGGGGCUCAGUCUCUGCAUCUGCUUGAAUCCCUCCACACUUGGCUCUGACUGAUCCCUGCUUGAGCAGAGCAACAGAAGCUCCUGGGCUCUGUGUAUGUGUGUGUGUGUGUCUGCCUGUACCAGGAGUGGCUAAGGGCCAGGACUGAUCGUUGUAUGGU